GUGGUUGGGAUGCUGCUGCUUGCUGUAGGUCGGUGUGCUUGGCCUCUGUUAGACUCCUGUGUGGUUCCACAAUGCCUAAGAAAGCCGGUGCGACAAGCAAGGCCAGUGGCAAGCCUCGUGUUGUGGAGAGGGUGGGCCACGGGGCUACACUGGCGGGGAACAGACGCAGCGCCUGGAGGGCGGAAGACCUCCCUUCGGGUCCAGGGUAAAAACCAAACCAAAGAACCAGAGACAGCACCUCCUGCUGCAGGGCCUGUAGCAACUGACCCUAAAGGUUUUGUCACCAUAGCCAUUCAUGCCAAACCUGGCUCCAGACAGAACGCUGUGACAGAUCUGAGCACUGAGGCCGUUGGUGUGGCCAUUGCAGCACCUCCGUCCGAGGGAGAGGCAAAUGCGGAGCUGUGUCGGUACCUCUCCAAGGUCUUGGACCUCAGGAAGAGUGACGUGGUUCUGGAUAAGGGUGGUAAAUCUCGGGAAAAGGUGGUGAAGCUCUUGGCCUCUACAACUCCAGAGGAGGUCUUGGAGAAGCUGAAAACAGAAGCUGAGAAGAAAUAAAGGCGAGAAAUGGAAACAGCUGCUGUCUGCGACGGAGCAUCUGAGCUGCAGGCACUGGGAGAGGAGCUGAAGGUCGCCGCGUGGAGGCGGACAGGACACCAGCUCCCUGGACUCCGAGUGAAGCUUUAGCUUUAUAGCUCCACAAUGUUUUGUGGAGUUCUGGGGUCUCCUAAUUCAGUUUACAACUGGAAAACCUUUUGUGCUGCUUCUAUUCUAAGUUUUUGGUUUUUAAAUGCAAAAGUGUUCUCUUUAUAUCUUUUAAAGAUUCUCUGGAACAUUUCGUGGAAAAGUAAAUAAUCAUGCAGACGUAUAACUUAAUGUCAGUUAUUUUUGGAACCUUGUAAACUUUCAAAUCUAGAAGUUCUUAGGCAUCUCCAAAGCUCUUAAAAGAAUAAAGAUGUAUCAGGAGCAA